AUGGCUCUUCCAGUCAGCAUUGGCGAUGCGAUACUGUGUACUCAACUCCUCAUUAAUUUCUACAAGGACUACAGAGGGUUCCCCUCCUCCCAUAAUAGCCUGUGUAAUAGAUUGAGGACAGCCGACAUAACACUCAAAUCUCUUACUGAGUCCAUUACUGCCGAGGAUUCGCACACGGAGCCGACGUUGGCUGGGCCCAUAACUCAAGACCAAGCCUCAUUAAUUAGAUGUAAGUCGCUCUACGACAAUAUCCGAGUUUUACUCGAUAAAUACGAUCCCUCCCAAGAGACAUCGAGCAAAAGUAAACCGGUCAUCACGAAGGCCAAGUGGGCCGCCUGCAAACAAAGGUCCAUCAAGGCUUUACUUGACGAGCUCGAGAAUGAAAUGGGGCCUCUUGAAAAGCAAAAGAACCUUUCCAAUGCCCAGCUCAACCAAGAAACCAACGCUAUAGUGAGGCGUAAUAUGGACGGCAACACCAUUUUCAGGGACCCAUCCGCUCGAAAUCUUGACUUCGAGGGUGUCAUUUUUACCGACGCGUUAGAUAGACGUAUGGCUCUCCCUUUCGAAUAUUGCGCUACUUGGGAGCAAUUUUAUGGUCACCUCAAGCUAAGUUUUUUGUCCUUGCCUGGAGAAAGAUGGGUAAAUGAUGGGAGAUUCGAAAUCUACGACGAGCAGAAUAAAUUAGCUUUAUCGAGCGAGCAGUGGAACACCGCCAUCAAGCCGGGGAUGGUAAUAUCAAUGACAAUGCUGUUACAUGUACCUUCAAAAGAGCACCAAGAGGGCGAAAGAUGUCCUUUCUGCCAAAGCUGUGGUUACAUCUAUGUUAAUCAGGCUGUGGUUGAACCUAUCUGA